UUCUGUGUUGCUGUUUGCAACAGAAAGCUUAGAUCCGGGUAAUCUACCUGUCAGCUCAGUCCACCGUCGGUGUCUGCGGACUGAUAAUCACCCUGAGGUCAGUGAUGCGGCCCUAUGGCGGCGCAGCGUGGUGAUGUACUGGACAGCACAAACCGUCACGCCAGGGAGACCAGGAAGUUUUAUCGGAAGGCUGUCGGUUGGAAAGAGCAAGAGUCCCAUGAGCCGUUUGUAUGUCAGUAUGACAGACAUUGACGAUUAUCAUGAGCAGCUCCAGAGGGACGCCCAGUUCCUGUGUUCAGACCAGAGGAUGGAAGCGGAACUGGUGGACAGACUGGUGCUGCAGCUUAACAGGAUAUACCCCCAGAUACUCAGUGACAAGGAAGCCCACAUGUUCAGGAACCUGAGCGUGCCCACCAGAGUGCGGCUACCUGAGCUGUUGAAGCACUUGCAUGGGAAAGGCGAGGAGGCGUGUUAUGAAUUCUACAGAGGACUUCACAUCCACGCUGAGGACGUUUACUCCAGCCUGCCCACCAGAGUCAUACAAAGAGAGGUGGCCGAUCCAAAAUGGACUAACAAUGUGGCGAUCCACCCAGAGCGACAUGUCCUUAAUGAGAGAGGACCAAUGUUCUUCCUGAGGUGUUUGAGUUUUGCUGCUGGUAUUGCAAUGUUCUACUAUUACGGAGAAAUUGAGACACUGAGAAGCACUGGUCUGUUUCUUCACUGCUCUGCAGCAAGAUUUAGUAAAGGUGCUAUAUAUGUUUUCAUUUCCUCUGCUGAGGUUAGAAAGCAGACGAAAUGAGGUCGUGAAGAUGCUGAAAUGCUUAAAAAGUAACCCUGUGAGAAGGAAAAGCUGUAAAAUUUGCCACUUUGGUGUGCCAAACUCACAUACUCUUUGAGUGCUAAGAAUGUCACGCAUUUGUAAGCACUAAUUGACUUUUGGUUUUUAUUAUCUGAAGCUGACAUCCGCGUGAGACGCUGUGUCUUGAAGCCCCACAGCUAACAUCUCUUUACAUGAAAAAAAUGUAUUGAGUCUUAUCUGGAUUUAUUAUGUGUACAGAACUAAUGAUUCCAAUCAGAUAAUAUGAGUAACUUGUUUUCAAUCACUCCUGAUUAGACCUCAGGUUGAACUAGUUGGAGUCAUGCUUGAAAUUACAUGAUUUCACCAAACUCUACAUGCUAAUACGAAUGUAGAGUUGCCAUAACAGGUACAACUAAACCAACAGAAGAGCGAGAAAGAUGCAAUCAAGCACAAUUUGUACACAUGGAAUCUAUUAGGAAAACACCAGUGUUAGUAGCUUAAAUCUGACAGUGUUGUGCAUGCAAAACACAUACUGCACUACAGUUUUUCAUAGACAUAUAUUUCCACCCACUCACCCUCUUACAGUGCCUUCUAAUACAAUAAUAAAGAGUCUGCAUAAGUCUACUAACGAAAGCAUUAAAUACCAAAAUCACACAAUGGUAGGUUCGUGUCUGGCACUGGGAACGUGAAAGGCAGAUAUCACGAAGAAACUUUUAUUUUAUUGAUUGAAUAGCAUCCAUAAAUACACUAGAGGGCAGUGCUUCCUCAUUCAGUGUACUAAAACGGGAAACAUGAUGGAAAAUGUUUUGGUGUGCCAUAUCAAUAACAAACUAGAGCAACAAACAGCCACAUUAAAUAAUAAUGACAAUCAAACUGAUUGAUUGACUAGAGUCAACUUAAUUAAAUGCUACAUUAAACGUUGAUGACCGCUAAAGAAAGACAUGUGUGCAGUCCGAAUGCAUCUCCUACUCACUUUGAGCCCUUUCAAGUAUUUCUUAUAAAAAAUAAUGAAUCAGUAGGACAGUGGCCAUAUUAAUGAUGCUUUACACAGUACUCACCUAUCUCAGGGGUCUGAUCUCAGGAGAUUUGCGGCACUGAGAUUGCAUUUACGCCUCUGCAAAGAGAGAGAGCAACAAAUGAGAGAGGGGAGUUAGCGAGAAAGAAGGAAUGAGGAGACGGUAAAGGGGGUUGAAAGUGUCUCGAGGGUGAUUGUUCAGUUUAAAGACUGGUAUCCACAUUCCCAAGUUGGAGCUAUUAACGCACACAACCCCGAUGAUCAUCAGCAUCCUGUGAUGUUGGACCCCCACAGAGCCGCUCAUGUUCCACUUGAGGACUGAGAUGGAGCCCUAGACAUACAUUAUGUAUAUAUACAUAUAUCAAUCCACAGAUCGGCCUGAGUGGAGCUGUGUGUGUCAUCAAUCUGGCUCUUGGCUCGUCUGGCAGUUUCCACGGUUACCAAUGAUAGUUGUGGAGGAGGAAAAUUAUCAGAUUGUGACGUUGGUUUGUCAUCUGAAAAGUGCUUUGUCACAAUUGAAGAAGAUACAGAGAGGAACAUGAAUAUUCUUCAGGUAUUUAGCAGAUGGUUAAGUGAAACUCAAACUGCUUUUAUGUCCUUGUGUUAAACCACUGGAGUGUAUAAAAUGAGCAUUUGCUUGGACUCUAAUUGGGGUUUUAGUGACAUUGAUGAAACACAGUCUAAUUAGGGCUUGCAUUUUAACAAGCAGUUCUGCUGGGUCCGCGCUGUGUUGACUCUGACUCACCAGCUGCUGGUCCAGAGAACCACAGUCACACUCCAGCUUUGCUCAGAGCACAGAGAGUGAGAGUCAUGGCACAACCAAGUAUUGUUAUAAUUGAAUGUUAGCCACAACUUGUGUGGUUGGGGGCAGAUGUGUUGGUAGUGGUAAAGAGCUGUGGAGGGGAGAAAGAUCUUUGAGUCAGAUGAGGCACACCCAGCGUUGCAUACGUUUGUUCAGCAGACCCGUCAAACCACCUGGUCAGAGCUGUCUGGAAAUGAACCAUGACAUCUUGCUUGAACGUCAUCAAUACAAUUAAAAAUGGAAGCCUGUUCUGCUGCCUGUGUGUGCGUGUGUGUGUGUGUGUGUGGGUGCGUGUGUGUGUGUGCGUGUGCUUCACUGUGCUUUUGUGUCUGGCCAGUGCUCAGGGUCACUGUCGGGCAGCAAAGGAGACAGUGUGACCUCACAAAUGCCUGACUGCAGUUGUAUACACUUCCAUGUUUGUCCACUGAGAACAAAUGUAUUGUUUACACACCAGACCCCUUUUGUCACUACUGCCGUUUUUCUAUUGUUGACUGUUUUGUCUUCGUGUAGGACAAUGAUUUUCUGGUUAAUGAACAGUAGUUGGAUUUUGUGAGUUGUUGUCCAUUGGAAAUUUCUCUAAGAGCCUGGAGAGGUCAGUGUGUUUGUAGGUCAGGUAGGGGAUUGUGAAGUAAAUGGUUGGUCAGGGGAGGAGAGGCCCAAAAACAUGCUGACUACAUGGACGUCUAUUAGAGACAACUGCACAGUAAGGCAGGAGAGAAAAUGCCUAUUUGUUUAGAGAGAGGGGAGCAGAGAAAGAGGGUGAGCAUAAAGAAUAUAUGUGAGCAGCAAAAACAGAAAGAAUAAGUGUGUGUGUGUGU